AUGGCAAGGAUGAGGAGCCUGUGGUUCUUGGCUGUUGUGCUCGCAGCUUCUGUUCCCAUGGAAAUUAUCAUGGAAAAGCAGCAAGUAGCCAUAGCUGUUGCUAUAUAUUCAGCUGCUUGUUUGGGUUUCAUCUUCUUUUCCAAGGGAUCGUGGGUACCAGCCCUAAGACGGGGAGAAAGCACAUCCAAACCAAGAGUAACUAAAGCUGGCAGUGCUGUGGGGGUUUUUGACGCGGUUCUCCGCUGCUCUGACAGCUUUUCCCUUUUCCCACGGCGGGCAGCCCUGGGCGGGAGCCUGUGCUCGGAGCAGGACGAGCAGUGCCCCGGCGCCGUGGCGGUGCAGAAGCGCAUCGACUGCCACCCGCAGCCCGGCGCGUCCCGGGAGGCCUGCGAGGCGCGGGGCUGCGCCUGGUGCUCCACAGAUGUGCCCAACGCGCCCUGGUGCUUCUUCCCCGACGACAGCCCCUACGGCUACGCCCGCAGCGGGAGCGCCGAGAGGACGGACAAGGGCUGGAGAGUCACACUGAACAAGCGCCAGGCCCUGACCCUCUUCGGAAAUGACAUUUCCCCGAUCGUCCUGGAAGUGGAGUUCCAGACAAAGGACAGGCUCCGGUUCAGGCUCUACGACCCCAACAAGCAGCGGUUUGAAGUCCCCCUGAAGAUCAGUGGCCCUGGGGUUACUGCUGAAGAAGCCAACUAUGAGGUGGAGUUCUCGGAGGAUUCCACGCACUUUGUGAUCAAGAGGAAAAGCACUGGCACCGUGCUGUGGGACAGUCCCCUGGUUGAUCUGUUUUUCUCCAACCAGUUCCUUCAGAUCACCACCACUGUGCCAUCCACUUCUGUGUAUGGGUUUGGUGAACAUGAGCACCCAACCUUCAAGCACAACAUGGACUUUGUUACCUAUGGCAUGUUCUCCAGGGACCAGGCACCAACGGUAAUGCACUCUGUGCAACACUUUGUCCUAGCUUGUGUCACCAAAAGGAGGUGGCAAACAUGGAAUGUCACAAGCUUCACAGUAUCAACAGUUUUAAUUAAAGAUGAAGACGUGAAUUGCAUUGAAGGAACUUUGAAACCUUUUAUCAAAACUUUUAUCACGGUGCAGUUUUCAGGAAAAAGUGUAUUGUGUGCCAAGAUCCUGGUUCAGGAGAGCUUUGCAUUUCAGGCUCAGAUCAAUCCCUGUUCAUCCGAACAAGCUGGACUCCAGCAGGACUCAUUUGAUAUUUGGCUGAACUGGAGCUGGUUGAUGAGUCUGUUGUAA